UAUGUCCAUAUCAGAUUGUUCAGUACAUUUACAAACUUUAUCAGAUUUAUUUAACUGCUUCUGUUUAAAUAUCCACCAACAAUAUUAAUUAGCAUUAAUAACAGUCCCAGUGUUUGAAUCCUGUACCAUUCCUUCUGAUACUUUGAUAUCAUUGACAGACUGGAGAAGAACAGUCACAAACUGCCAGAGGAGUUUAGGUUGGAAGUCCCCUUGAGUUCUCUGAUCCAAGCCUAACUCAAAUCAUGACUUCAAAGCAGUCACUUCCUAAGAUAAUAUUUUAUGUUGGCCAAAUCCCCUCAAUCUUGUAAAUGUGCACUUUAUUUGUAAUACUCAUUUGGUCUGGUUCUGUCUCCAAGCACUGGGGUUACUUCUGGCUGUCCCAGGAAGUUAAAGGGCCUCCAGCUAGGAGACUAAAGAUCCUUUCUGUUACUGCUUGUAGAAGAUGUUGCUUUGCAUCUUUUUCUCUUUAUUAAACUAAUUAGAUUGAGCCUCUUUUCUCUCUGGCAGUAAAUCAUGUCAGCUGGGGAGGUGCUGGCAAGUUCCAGAGUCAUCCCUGGUACAACUCUGAAUUACCUCCAUGAGUAGAGGUCCCACAGCCUGUCUGGACUCUGUGGCAGUGUUAGAGCAAUGCCACAUCCAGCACCAGCCCUGUGCAGCUCUGCCUCCGUCCUGCUCUGGGGAGGAGACAGCUCUCCCUUCCCGGCCGGUAGCUGGUGCUGGGUUAACCAUUAACUCCCAGCUCCAGGGCCUGGUAGGGACAGGCUUUUGUUUUCAGAGCACUGCCAAUCUGCUGGCUGUGGCCUUUCCUGUGCUGGUCCCGUGAUGUUUCUCCUGGGCUUCUGCUGGGGUCUGAACAGGCAGCUGCAGUGGGCUCGGGGCAUGGACAGCGUGAGGGAAGGUGGUCCAGGAGCAGGACACGGCCGUGGUGGUACGGAGGGGACAGGCAUGUGAGCAAGGCUGGGUGCACUGGAUGCCAGGGUUCCUCUCCAGGUACUGUUUGCUGUGCUCCUUUCAGGGAAGAGCCUGAGAACAAGCACGUGGGAUGGUGAUUCCCCCACAGGGAGAGAGGUCCUUCAGGAGAGGGUCACAGGGUGCCCAGUGUGCACCAGGAGGGUCCCUGUGGUGGGUGUGGAAGGUGUCUGUCCACAGCCCCGGGCCCCUGCCUGCCUGGAAAUGGAUCACUUCCAGCCCAGGGGAGUGUGUGAGGUGCUGCUGCCUCCCUGGCUGGCACUGUCUCCUCCCCACACCCUGCUCAUCACUUCUUGACACUAUGCAAUAGGAAACUCCUGCGUCUUUCCUCUGCAGAGGUCCACAAAAAUUCUGGAGGUCAAGUCCUGUUCCAAGGCAGACUGCCUGAGCUUCAGGUGCAGAUCAGAGAGCUGCAGUCACCAUAUCUCCACUCAGGGUGAGAUUGCCUCUGCUCAAAGGAACAAUAACAUACUGGAAAUACACAAGGUGUAUACCAUUCACCCAGACUAAGAAAAGCUUUACUCUAAAAGGAAUAAAAUAAUCAUGGCAGAAUGUACAGGUUACAAGGAGACCUCAAACCGGCACCUACGCUUCAAAUUGCAGAGCCUUAGUCGCCGCCUUGAUGAACUGGAGGAAGCAACUAAAAAUCUGCAGAAAGCAGAGGAUGAAUUGCUUGACCUCCAGGACAAAGUUAUCCAGGCAGAAGGCAGCAAUUCCAGCAUGCUGGCUGACAUUGAAGCCCUGAGGAAAAGAGUGCUGAAGAUUGAAGGCAAGGAUGAAGAAAUUAGGAAGGCUGAAGAGCUUUGCAGAUUAAUGAAAGAAAAACUUGAAGAGGAGGAGAGCCUCACUCGAGAUCUGAAGUCAGAAAUUGAGCUUCUUCAGAGGAGAAUGGCAGAGCUGGAGAAGCUGGAGGAGGCUUUCAGCAGGAGCAAGAAUGACUGUACACAGCUGUGUCUUAGCCUCAAUGAAGAAAAGAACUUGACCAAAAAGAUAUCUACAGAAUUAGAAAUACUUAGAGUGAAAGUGAAAGAACUGGAAUCAUCUGAGGACAGGCUGGAUAAAACUGAGCAGACCUUAACAGCUGAGUUAGAAAAGCUGAAGUCCUUAGCUCUGAGCUUUAUCACAGAAAGAAAACAUUUUAAUGAAAGAGAAAAGCAAAAUGAAAAAAUAAUCCAGGAGCUAACACAGAAACUAGAACAAAACAAUAAACUAAAUAGGGCAGAUCAAACUAGAAAUGCAUCCAACUUGCUAGAAAGGUCAUCCAACAAUCUCCUGGAAAGAAAUGAUAUGAGAAUUGAAGAUGACUUGACUUCUGCACUGCCCUCUAAGGAGACCAGGAGGAAGGGAAGUGUGGAUUACCUGAAACAUGUAGAAAAUGAAACCAGGAAUAAAUCAGAAAACCAAAAGAAUAAAAAUCAGGAAGACAACAAAGUGAAAGAUCUCACCCAAGAAAUUGAGAAACUUAAAAUUCAGAUCAAACAUUUUGAAUCUUUAGAAGAAGAACUUAAAAAAAUGAGAGCCAAAAAUAAUGAUCUGCAAGACAGUUACUUAAGUGAGCAGAAUAAAAACAAACUCUUAACAGGUCAGCUAGAGGAAAUAAAAAUGCAGAUAAAGAAACAGAAAGAUCUGGAGAAUGGAGAAGUUGAAAAUGAAGAUACAAGCUUUUCUAGCAGGGGAAAGCAUGACCGACCUAAAUACAGAGGUGUCAUGACUGAUUUGACAGCUGCUAAGCACAAGCCAAGGGAGCUCUCACCGCAGCAGCGCCGGGAAAGAGCACGAAACAGAGACUUCUCCAUCAGUAAUGACAGCUACAGCCAUAGUGGUAAGCAGGUGCCCAGUCCAAGCUUAAUGAACAGAAAAGCAGGGAGAGCUUCUGGUGCAUCUGCCUUUUCAGACACUGCUGUCACAGAUACAAGAAGAUUGGAAGAGAAAUCUUUAGUUUCCACUAUUUCUUCUGGUCAGAAAGAAAGCUCCAUCAUGCAGAAUGAGGGGAAGAGAUCCAAAGAGCAGCCAUCUGUCCUCAGCCGAUAUCCUCCUGCUGCACAGGAGCAGAAGGCUUGGAAAGCACCUUCCAAACCUGUUGGUGAUACUAGCCUGAGAUCCAAGGCUGAAAAGCCAUCUCCGGUGCUCCGUGGCAGCUGCCAAAAUGGUGCUGACACACGGGAUGAAAGGUCAAGCAAAGGAGAAUCAAUGGGUUCUUUGGCUGAGAAGCUGAAAACGAGUCAGGCUGAAGUCAGUGAGUGCUUGGGGGACACGCAGCUCACAAGGGGUAACCACACCUCUUCCAAUGGCACAGCCUCAGCACACAGGUACCACGUGUCCUCCAGUGUGUCAGACUCUGCUGGCUCUCUGCAGAUGGCCACAGGUCUUGAUAAAGAAACCACGGAGCAGUCUUCAAGUUCAGCAACUGAUCAUGUAAAUAUGGGUUUAAAAAGUGACUCUAAAACCAUCCAGAGUAACCAGGAAAAACUUAAUUCAGAUGAAGAAUCAGGGAGAAGUAAAAAACCAACCACUCAGUCAGAUUUUGAGACAAGAAAGAAAGUCAGUUCCAAGCAGUUCUCCAAUUCUAGGGGAGUUUUUAGAGCAUCAUUUUUUGAAAAUGACCAAAAAACUGUGAAUGAUGAAGACUCUACCAAGUGCAUAAAACCAUCAGAUGCCAGCACUGCAGGAUUGAAAUCCAGAAGAUCCUUCAGCCCUAGAGAAGCUCUGAGAUCAAAAGCCAUCAUUAAACCAGCAAUUGUUGAGAAGGAUAUGAAAGCAAUCAUGGGAGGGACUGUUUCAGAGGCAGAAUCAGAAAAACAGAAGUCUACUUUUAAAACGGUAACAAAUAAAAUGACAAGCAGCAUCACAAUCUUUCCUUCUGAGCCAACAGCUCCAAGGACCACUGCAGAUAUAGCAGCAAAGGAAAGGCAUGUUACCACCAGCAACAUCAGAGUUGCUUCAAAUGAGCCUUCACCAUCAAUAACAAACAAUGUCCCUUCACCCUUUGAGGUCUCAGUUAACAGAAGUGCUGUGAAGUCAUCUGAGACAGACAGAAGUGGAGAGGCAGCGCCGAGAAGUAAAGCUGAAACAGUGGUCUCAAGAAGCAGCAUUAUGCUGAAGACUUCUGAGCUGGUGGAGAAGAACAGUGAGACACCUUUGGAGACAAUCAGCUGGAAGAGCCAUGGCUCGUCAGAGGCAGGCUCAUCCGAAACAAAGCAUGUCACUGUGAGAAGUUCCUGGAGAACAAGACAAGGCCUUCAUUCCCUGGAGGACUCUCAAACCAAAGCGGAGAAAAGUGCAACUUUCAGUGCCACAAACUUGUGUAGGUCCUCAGUGGACCUUUUAGAAGAGGAGGGGAAUAGUUCAAAAACAGAUUUCAUGGAGCAGACUUCAUCAAGGACGAGUGCUACAGCUAAUUCCUGGAGUGCCCCUGAACUGGGGUCCCGAAGGACCAAAAGUAACUUAAGUGCAUCUGAGCUGCUGACACGCAGGAGCUGUGCAAAUGAUCCUGCAGCAGCUGCUGCUUGGCAGCGGACCACACCACCUGAUGAAAGCAAGGAUUUUGUGUCCAGUUCCAGAAGGAAGCAGUAUGGCUCUUCUGAGUACCUCCUGCAGGCUGACACUCUGGGGAAAAGGAUAGCCACCAGGGUGGAGCUGCAGGACCCUGAAUCCAGCUCCCCUGCACCACCAGGGCUCCAAGGAGAGGAGCAGGGCACUGCCCGGGCUUCCCGGACGUCUCGGAGAUGAGCAGCAUUCCCUUCCUCUCAGUGACCACGGUGAAGCAAGGGGCAGGGCAGUACCAAGCUCACAGGCAUCACACCUGUUUGUAACCUCUCCAGAGGCUUCAACUAGCCUGAAACCAGUUUUGUAAAGCGAUUUGAAAGGUACAGGAGCUUUACCAGUGAAUUCUUUUUCUUCAUUGCUGAAGAGGCAGCUGCAGAGACUUUGCUCAGGGGACUCCCACUUCUCAUCUCUGUACCUGCAAACUUCAUCUUCCCUGUAGGACGAUAGGUCUGUCUCCAUAUGGAAACUCUGACUACCUACCCUCUCUGAACAAUGGUACUCCUUGCACAACAGAGAACUUUUUAUUCACUUGUGUUCACACAAGAUCCCAGAGGUGUGAUCACAUCCACCAGCCCGUGACAUCCACCACAACUGAAAGCUUUCAGUUCAUAUGGAGUUUGCAUUCUCCUAAUAUUAAAAUAAUUCGUAUCAACUUGCUGCCUGGGGUAGUGGUCACCUCAGUACCUGUGUUUCCAGCACCCUUUGUCUCUAGGCAAGAGGAGACCAUUCCCCACUGGUUACUUUACAAAUUGAGAGGGAAGGAGAGCAGGAAAUGUUUAGGAGUUGGUUCCCUAUCACUGUCAGUCUCUGCAACAAGCUUUGCAUGAUCUACUCAUCACCAGUUGAGAUCCUGCACCAAGAAGUCAUCCACUGAGCCAAACAACACAGCAGCAACACCUCCUCCUGCCUGGGACCAGGGUACCAUUUAUCUGAAGCUUUUAUGUGUUACACUGCAAGCAACAACUCUGUGGCUUGUGCAAGGCAGUUGAGCCCUAAGAGAAAAAGAAACAAGUGCUUUUCUUCAUAGACAAGCAGAAUGUCCUUGUUCCUUCCCAAAACAGGGUGGAGACAGCUGAGUGCCUGUGCUGCACCUCCUUGUGCCACAGCUCCUCCCUGGCCUGGGAAAUACACACCUCAAUUCUGAGAAGAAAAAUUAAUUAAGAAAAAAUAAAAUAAAAAAAAUAGAGCUGGUUGCAAAAUAUCUAUGAAAACAUUUCUAUAAAAGGGAUGUGUUUUAGUGACAUGAUUAUUUUUUUUAUAAAGGUUGUUUGGAGGAAGGGAAGAAUUAUUUUUGAAAAAAAAUGUUUCUUUUUGGAAUUUUAAAGAUGUUUUCCUAAGUGUAUAUUUUUAACCCUUCAUUUUAUUCUGUUACAUGUCAUGACAUAUGUGUCAAUUUGCCUAAGAAGACAAAAAGAUAAUGCUUUUAAAUUAGUAUUGAGUGGCAGCUCUAAUAAUCUUUAUAUUCAAAUGUAUCAACUGCUCUCUUACCAUUGACAUGGUAGUGCUAGUAGAAUGAGAUAAUGGGAAAAAAAUUUAAACUCCAAACUAAAAAUGAAAGAAAGUGAAAUUCUGAAGCUAAAUUCAGACUUCUGAAUUGCCUCCCCCUGCUUAUCAGGAAGGACUGGAAAUUCUUAUGGAUUGUGCAGUCUGAAACCACAAUGGAUGGAACAGUCCUGUGCAAUGGCUGUAUCCUUCCUGAGCCCCCUGCUCUGCUCAGCACUCAGGGCUGUCAGGUCAGGCUGCACUGCCUGAGCAGCAGCAGCUUCUCCUGUCCUGUGUGCUCAGCUCUGCUCUGCUCUGCACCCACAGGCUGCUGCCUCUGCCCCUCCUAAAGAAAUCUGCCAAAUGCCUCAGUACCUGCUUGCUUACCCCGGGAGCAGCUGGGAGGCAUCUUGGCACGUACCUGCCUCUUCAGAUGUCACAGGGAUUCCCUUUCUGCACAUUCCCAAACCUGCUGCUGAGCAGCUCUCCAGCUGUGUCACCUGUCCCAGCAGUUGUGGAAGAGCCACUGCUGGGCACUGCUGUUCCAGCUCCAGAAACCCAGCGUGGUGUGGGCUCCCCUGCCCUCAGUCACUGCUGCCCAGGACUUGCAGCUUGUACAAACUGCAGGACAGCGCCUGCACACAGAGAAGGACAAGGAUCGCCUUGGGCAGUGACUGAACGGCUUUCCUCAGUCCCAUCCUGCUGCAGGCCACGGCUCCACGUUCCACAGGAGCUCCCCACACAUCCACCAGCUUCCUCCUCCUCGCCUUGCUGGCACGGAUGUGGCUUAGCACGGUGCUCCCAAAGAGCCUUCCAAGGGAAGCGGCUUCAGCUGUGGUGAGGAAAACUCUGCAUCCCUGUGAUUCAACAUGUGAACAGGUUUCCCUGUGCCUACCCACCAAACAUGGGCUUACCAUCAGCUUUUCAACCCCACUGCUCAUCCCAGGAACACAGCCCCAUGUCUCAAGUGCAAGGGAAGAACCACCAGCAGCAAUAGCUGUUGGGUUUUCUCCUCCUGUCAGCCAGGACCAGGCUUUGCCCGAGGAACGGGAGGGCUUUACCCUGCUGCUCAGCUGGCUUAGCCCCAGCUACUGCCCCAGCAACACAGCGCUGCUGGCACUGUCUUCAGGUGCUUCUCACAGAUGAUGUCUCUCCUUUCUCCAGCUGCCUCAGUUAUCUGUUCAAUAUUUUACAGCAGAUACCUUGAACUCCUGCUCUAGACUCAGUUUCACUGCUUGUAAAUACUGGACACAGAUGUCACUUGGUAACUGCACAUGGGUUGUUUUUACCACAGCUGAGAUUAAACCUGAGAAAGAAAACCCUACCUAGUAUGGAAAGGGGCCAUGCCCUCUAGUCAAUGAGUGCAAUAGGAGCUGAUUGUAUUAUUAAUCUUAUAGCAAUGACUUCAGGAAACACAAUGUGUUUACUCGAAUUGCACACUUUUUUUAACAGCUGUAAAAUAGAGUAUAUGUGUAAAUAUUGCCAUCACUGAAGAAGUAUUUGUAAUUUUAGCAUAUAAAUAUAACAGGCUUUUCAGUAGGCUUGAUGAUGCACAAGGCCAUGCAUCGAGCCCUCGGGUAAUUCCAAAGUUGUAAAUGUAUUUGCUGUACAGAGGAAGUGUGUCAGUUCUUGCUGCUCCCAAGGAACCUCAGCUGCUGGUCCCUUUUGGAGAGCCAGUGCUUUCCCCACAAGGGCUGGCUCCAGUCUGAGGGCCCAGCAGCUCCCUGCUUCAUGGAACGGCUUCCUUCAUGUCCAGAACACCUCUGCAGCCCACAGAGCUGCCUGUCCAACUCCUGGCAGGGUGUGGGGUGACAGCUUGGCCCCGCAGCCUCCCGGGGACAGGACCGCAGCAAGGGCAAGGGCAGGAAGCACAGGGCAGAGCCACGGGCCUUGGUGCUUCAAGAGACACUUGACACAAGCAAUUUCCUAGCUACAGAUCGAAGCAAUAGUCACAUUGGUGUCGUCUCUAACGUAGUAGACCUCAUCUCUGCCACCCUUGCACACUGCUGAAGCAAUCAGGGCACUGCUCCAGGCCAGCCUCCCGCAGGCUGUGCCACAGAACACAAAGCCAUUGUUUGCAGAUGCCUCCAAUGGUCAGAACCAGGGCCCAAAGGAUCCUCCUGGGCUGCCCCACGUGCAGUGCCGGCUCCUGCUUUGGGGAAGCAGCACUCCAGGCUGCAUGGAAUGUAUUUUUAAGAGAAUAAAUCUAUUUUUUUGUAUUUGUGAACAUAUAUUUGGGUGGGGCAGCUUAGUUAGAAGACAAAUAAUGCAAGAAAUCUUUUCAUAAUCACAGGUUUAUCCAAGUUAAGCAGAUUUUCCAGGGUUGCAGUAUUGCCUUUUCCCCUAAAAUAAACUUUGUGUCCAAUAGAGCUAUGAGCAGUGUUCCACCCUCUUAGAACUUGUCCUGUCUCAGCAUGCUGAGUAGAGGAAAGCCAGUGCUUUCCUCCCCAGGCUGCCCACGCAGUGGAUACAGAUGGUGCUCACCUCCUUCCAGUGACACAGUGCUCUUAGUCUGCAUGCCAAAUGUAAACACACACUUACUGCAUGUCUCUCCUGACUCAAACACUGUCAGUAUACAGUAUAUAACCAAUAAACACUUCUCUUUUUA